GCACUUGUUUCAGAGUAUUCGUGCGCUUAUGAUUAAUGGACCAAUGUUUUUCACUGUAUUGUCAACUUAAUACAUCUGAAAUAUCAACACACAACGUAAAUAUAGCGUAUCCAGUCUAUGCAUGACUAGAUCAACAAUCAACUUGAACAUGUGUGCAUUUUGAUGAACUAUUUCGAACACCAUUCUUGGCGGAAUAAAUGUAUACAUUAGUGGAGUCGUUCGGUCGGAAUGGAGGCGAUAUGCCAUCUUUGUAAGAUGUGAAGUGGAUAAAAUAUUUCCCCAUAACAGUCACCUCUUUCUAACCAGCCAUGCCUCGAUGUGAAUUCUCAACAAGGAUAAUUCCUGCAACAUGUGCAUGGAGCUUAAUCCUAGGAUGCACAUCCGUGUACUUCGUAUUUGUAUGCAGAUAUUUAAUGAAUACCAGUACCUACGCACUAGCCAUCCCAGUGUAUCAGGGAAUAUUGACAAUCUUUGUGUUGGCAAAUCUCUUCCUGGCAACUUUCAUGGAUCCAGGGAUAUAUCCAAAAGCGCAUGAAGAUGAAGCCAAAGACGACGACUUUAGAGCUCCCUUAUAUAAAAAUGUUGAAAUAAAAGGUAUAACAGUGCGGAUGAAAUGGUGCACGACGUGCCAGUUUUACCGACCUCCACGGUGUUCACAUUGUAGCGUGUGCAACACGUGUAUAGAGACGUUUGACCACCACUGCCCGUGGUUAAACAACUGCAUAGGUCGACGCAACUAUAGAUAUUUCUUCCUGUUUCUAUGCUCACUCUCCGUACAUAAAGUUAGUAUAUUUUCCCAGUGCCUCGUCUUUAUGCUACAUCACAAAGAUAAACUGUAUGAGCCAGGCAGUAUUUGUGCUAUUAUAGUCAUGUGUAUAAUUGGUCUGCUGAUCAUCCCGGUGGCAGGACUGACCGGCUUCCAUAUGGUGCUGGUUUCUAGGGGCAGGACAACCAAUGAACAGGUUACAGGGAAGUUUAAAGGUGGGCACAACCCCUUUUCUCGAGGCUGCUGGCUCAACUGUAGUUAUGCUCUGUGUGGACCGCAGUGGCCUAAAUUAGUUGCCUACAUUCCCAAGACGCGGACAAUACAGAUCGAGUCGUCCAAGGUUACCUACGUGGCCGCGGACAAAGAUGUUAAACUCUACUCCGACGCCAGCUCUAACGGAAUCCAGCGAGACGGGCGCUCAGUCAACAACAGUUUGCGUUACCCUGCCAACUGGGAAGAUGAGGACUACAAGGGCAGCCAGUCUUUGGACUGUGAGCCUUCACCUCCCUCCUCAAAGAAGACUGCAUCCUACACGAACCUGUUCGACACCUCUCAACCAACAGCAGUUGGGGCAUCCUUCCAAGCCAGUCAGCCCAACCAUGUUAAGAGGGAAUCACCAAGGAUGCAACGGAACCGAAAUCUCUACGAACGCUCCCCACAAAGGACGAGACAUGCACCUCCUGUUGUGGAGCCAUAUCCUCGUGUUGAUCCACAUCCCCGCGGUGAUCAGCCCCACAUCAAUCAUCAAUAUCCUCGUGUUGAGCAUCCUCGUAAUCCCCACCCACGUGAUCCCCAUCCACGUGAUGCCCACCCACAGGGGGGCGGUCGGCCACAGGGCUUGCCGGAGCGUAGCCGUGCUCCGAUAGCGACGAUUGAAGAGACUAGUAUAAACACACCCAUCACUCCUCCUUCCACAAGCAUCAACAGCCCAGGAUUGGAGAGGAUACCUCUGGGUUAUCGUAAAUACAUGGAUAAGGCUGUUUCCAACAGCCCCAAGACUUAUAAAUAUCCACGCAGUCAUUCCAUUUCACCUCCGCGUGAGUUUUAUCCAUCGGUGGCAAACACAAGUCAAAAUAAUCGUCCCUAUUUGGAGUAUAAUAAUGUAGCAUAUCAGCAGAGGACUAUAGGUAAUCAUCCAACAGGGGGCGUGUCAAGCCACUCGCCUAAUAUUACAAACAAUCACCCUCAGCCGGGCAUGUCCGGCACAAGGACUCCGAGCAACUCUCAAAUGGGUGCUAUUCGGUCAGAGGCCAGUAGUGGGCCCCAUCGACCUUUGUCUUUUGUUCGAGCUCUUGAAGUGAGUCAAGCUGUUGAGAGUAGGGACAGAGAACAGGUACAGAGGGGAGAUAACCCUCGACAGCAGCGCAAUGAGAACAGCCGCAGCCUGUACGACUCCUCGUACGAAGUGUCCGUCUAAAGCUUGUUGUUUUUUGCCAGUAGGUGUGUCAGUUGUGCAUUGUUGUGACCAAGUUCCUGAAGCGACAUUUUAACAAGAAAUGUCAGUCUUGGUGGUUUGGAGGCGAACUUUUAUAAACCAGUACCAAAGGGAGAUAAGCAACACUCACAUUUUAUCGUUUCUGUGCAUCUGCACUAUUUUACUCUUGGUGGAAGACAGUGUUUACAUAGAAGAACUAAAAGCAUGCCUUUUUUUUUUUUGAGUGCUGUGGGUUGCUGAUUAUGUGUUAUCUCCCUUGGUUAUUCUCAGGAUUUGAAUCUGUGAAAGCUUUCAAGCAAACACAGGGCAUACAAAGGAUACUGAGGGUUCAGCUGGCUUAACCCUUUGUGGUUUCAUUAACAUUGUGACAGUAGGAUGGGUUAAUAUUGUCAUGGUAACAUACUUUUAGUGAUAUUUCUGUGAAUGAGGAACAUACUGCUGGGUUUUUUUCUUCACAUCUCUGUGGGAACUUUACACAUCGUCUUGGACCAAUGGCACCAGUAAUCUUUUGAAAAUUGCUCUUGUUACAGCAUUAAGUUUUAGAUCCGGUCUGUACGGCCGAUAUGAAUGCAGUGCAAAAUGCAAAAUUCAGCUGGAAAAUCCAUAAGUUAAGACCCAAAUGUUGAAUAUUUGAAAUUGAGGGGUCUGUAGAUUACAGUUCUUUAGCAGCAAAAGUCAAGGACACAGGACCCUUUUAAUUUUGAAUGCUGUAAAUUUCACAAGCAAUGAGUGCGUUCCUUGCUAUCUGGUAAACCUUUGUUCAUUCACCUCUGUAGAUGGAAUGGGAAGACAAACACUGAAGUUUUAUAUAUACUGACAGUGCUUUACAGAUGCAAUAGUAGAUACCACUCACUUACCCUAAAGUUCAAAAAGUACAACUCAGCAAAAUUUGAAAUUAAGCUUGAUAAUCUAGGAGUCUUAGACAAUGAUAGAAGGUUAACAUUUUGGGGCCCUCAUAUUCAGGUAUAACAGGAGAACAUCUCAAGGGCCCUUGACCCAAUGAAUUUAGAACAUUGCUCAGCAUAAUUACACUACACUACUUAUGGUUGUCAAGUGUGAUAAAAUGAUAAAGUGGCCUCACAGGAAGUUUCAAUUAUUUUUGUAGGUAGUGAAUUGUUGUACAUUGUCAGUACUUCAUGGGCUUGUUGACACAAAGUUCCUCCUACACCCUUGAAAAUAUUUGACAGCAAUGAGGACAUGAGUCUGAAUUAAGUCAGUUAAUGAAACAAGGCUGUACUAAUCAUAUAGCUUGAGCCAGACAGACUCCAUACAGGAACCGUACCAUGUCCUGAUGUUGAGGAAAUGUGUAAAGCAUAUCUUGUGAUGUUAUGCAACAGGAACUGUUUUCAUAGAUUUUUCUAUGACCUGACAGGAAUUUGUAAAUACAUGGAUUCCUGCAACGUAGAAAGACAUUUUAUCUUUUCAAAUUCUGUGUCAUUUCUGCUGCUGUGUUUAUCACGGUGUUAGCCAUCUUUGUUAUGAUGUGUUGUUAUCCGAGUGUUGAUGGAUCAGAUUACUGUCAGGAUCCCCUCACAUGCUUGCAGGGGCGGUGGGGCAGCCUAGUGGUUAGAGCGUUGACUCGUCACACCGAAGACCCGGGUUCGAAUCCCCACAUGGGUACAAUGUGUGAAACCCAUUUCUGGUGUCCCCCGCCAUGAUGUUGCUGGAAUAUUGCUAAAAGCGGCGUAAAAACCAAACUCAGUCAGUCAGUUUCAUGCUUGCAGCCUCGACUCCGCUCAAAAUAUCCCUACACAGUUUAGAUCCACUGUAUUAAAGUGCUGGGGGAAUGUAGUGUACACAAGCCAGUGAAACACUGACUGGUUAGAUAUUUCUCCAGUCUGAGCUACAUGUCAUCCACAACAGGAAUUAUCUCCCUUGAUGGCAGUAGUAGGGGCUGAUGCUGAAUCAGCAGAAAAAGUAAUACAGUUAAACUGAUGCCAAUUCUAUACUAACUCAAAACCUUCACUAACUUUCAGCUGUACUGUGCAUUAGCAGCGUGGAAACACCAAGUAUUGAAAUAGGGU